UAUUGAUGAUUUAAUACAAUAGGAUAUAAAAAAAAUUAUUUUUUCAAUAAAUUAAAGUUGACUGAUUUUUAACUCGCGAUUUGAUAUAGACGCGACAUAUCUACUUUUGACGAGAAUUGUUUAUAAGUUUAAUAUACCGAGGAACGCUCGUCUCUCUGUGUAUUGCUUGCCCUUGAGGUAUCCCUCAAGAUUGAUUUUCCAAGGCACAAUGAAAGGUAACGGCGCGAACAGGCACCGGCUUUCCAGUCGCGUGACCGACAUCACCACGUGGAACAUUAAAUUGCUAUUCCGAAUUCUUGACCGCAUAAUUAAUUGGCGCUUAAAAAAACAUUACGUGUAACCUAUGUGAAAAAAAAAUUGUGCCAAUACUCUGUGCUAUUCAUUCACAUCGGGGUACCAUACCAAUAAUACGUGACUCGACGGAUAAGAGACAAAUGUAAUUUCAAGGCUUGCAAUAACAACGAUGAAUCGAGAGGAAUCGAGAGCGACAAGAAUAUAUCGUACUUGUCAACCAUGAUGAAUACCGUACCGAGAAAAAUACUGGCAUUAUGUUAAUUGUAAUCCAAAUGCUAUUGCGACGAUAUUUCGACGUUUUAUCGUGUUGUGUUAAAAAUAUAUCUCGAGUAUUCGUGAACUCCCGUUUCUUUACAUUUGUUACGAACGUUGCGUCCACGAAUGUCUGGAAUUCAGCCGUGUCCUACAGUCCAAACAUUGUUUAUGCAUCAAAACCAACCAGCACGCAGCGAGAGAGUCAAAGCGACGACGACGACGCCGUGAUCGCGGAUGCCGCAACUCUCGAUUAUCGACCACGGAUGCACGCCCGCCAUGGUCAAGGCGCAGCCGCGGCCCAGGCGCGGUCGCCGCGAUCAAAGCUGUCGGACUUCUUCCACCUCUGGGUCAACAACAUCCGGCUGCUCUACUGGGGCUUAGACGAUCUGGCCCCGCAAUCACCCGAGGGGAUGGGCAAUCUGCAGAGCGACAGCAAGAAGAAGCAGAAGAGGCGGGAGAUCGCGGCAGUGCCGACGUCCACAUUCACGAGGGAACUUGAGACCGUCGAGGACCAGAGGAAGGAUAAGCGGGACCAACCGCCCAAGACUCCCGAUGGGUGCGACGAGCCGCGUGAACCGAUCAAGAUCAGCUUCGAGAAGGUGCAGACGCCGGGGCACACCAAGAGACCGGCACCGCAGCCACCGAAGAUCGUAUUAUCCCAGGACACGGAGAAAAGUAUAAAGCCCGAAUGUCACAAGGAUACCGCAAUAACACCGAAGUCAUGCGUGACUACGACGGAGUCUUUCCGCUCGAGUAUCACGACGCCGACGACGGCGUCGACACCAGUGCAAACCCCGACGACACCACAGACCCAGCUACCACCAUUACUGGUAACCGAUUCGUGGCGUUUGGCAAACAAGGGCCUAGUCGUUACGGAAAUGCCAACGCCGCCUAGCCAGGAAUCCUCGAGCGACAGUGUUUUCACCGAUCCCGGGGAGAUCACGAGUCCGAUCACGGCAUCCACGAAGGCACAAGUGGCGAAAUUGGAGCUUGAAUCGCCUCUGAAGAUGAUCGACAGCAAGGAGGAAAAGAAAAUUCCGUUUGUGAUCUCGAGACACAAGAAGAUCCACUUGUCAAUGCUGAGUCCCCGAAUAAGCGUGACGUUAAAUAACAAGACUACGCCAUCAGAAAUGAAUGCCAGCACUCUGCAGAGACGACACAGUGUCUACGAGUCGCCAGUGAACGAAGGUACGGUGCUAAGAAGAGUGGCCAGCUUGACCCUGGAUAGUAAUAGCGCCAAGAAGAAGAGAAGUUCCAAGAGUAUCGUUACUCAGAAGACGGAUCGCCACAAGCAAUUCGAAGAACAAGAACUAUCAACAUCUAAGAUCACUGCGUUAUCAGGCAAAAGUGUGAAGAAAAGCAUCACGCCCGUGAUAGAUCGGACAGAUACCUGUGUGCUGGCGGAUGAGUUUCGUUCAGCUCAAAGUAAAUCGAGCCAAGCGUACGGUGAACAAUCCAUGCCUGAAGAUAUACAUAGAUAUGAGGAAGAGGUGAAGAAACUGAGAGAUGAAAUCAAACGACUGCGCGAGAUAUCUAUAAAUCGACAGAAAAGUACUAAAGGCCAGUCUACUCAAACGUCACCGAGAAGCUCGUCACCUAUCGAUGGAAGUGCUAGAGAAACAAACAACUUCAACAGAGAAUCCUCGAUCAGAAGUGAUAUUGUUGCAGAUCUUGAGGAAAGCAAAAUGACUCGCGUGCUUUCCCCCGCAUCGACCGACAAAGUCGGGAAUCGGUCGUGCUUAUCGCAUCAGGUAAACGCGUUAAAUGAGCACUUGGCACCGUUGCCACCUCCACCUCCACCUCCACCUCCACUAGUGGAGUCAUUCUCCAAGAACAGAUCUACGUCUAUCUCAACGACAUCGUUGCAGUCCUUCAUCCCGCCACCUCCGCCGCCGCCAUCUCCACAAGUGCUCGCAUCCGAAUCGGCGCAAGGUAGCGAGAGGACGGUUUCAUCAUCGGCGCCAAAACUAACGGAUAUUUCGAGGAUACCAUCACCGCCACCUCCGCCCAUAUUGACGCAAAGUAUCACGAAUACAUUUCCACCCGCGCCUCCUCCGCCACCUCCGCCACCGCCUACGCCGAUGUUUAAUACAACGAUACCUCCCCCUCCGCCGCCGCCUAUGCAAACUAUCAUAAGUGCGAUAUCCCCGCCGUCUCCUCUGCAGAACGCGGUACCUCCGCCACCACCUCCGCCAGCGCCUCCGUCCAUGCCAGUGCAGAAAGUCGACAGUGAUAUACCUCUUCCGCCACCACCGCCACCACCUAUGCCUCCUCAGGGUAUCACGUAUGAAUUAUCCGCAUGUAUGAAGAUCGAGAUACCUCCGCCGCCACCGCCGCCGCCCACGCCGAUGUUGAACACGUGCGGGGUACCACCACCGCCGCCUCCCCCGCCACCUCCGCUUGCAUCGAUGACAGGUGGACUGAUUAACGCGGUACCGCCACCACCACCGCCGCCGUUACCUGGAACGCAGAGUUCUAUGAAUGGUCCACCGCCUCCACCGCCGCUACCGGGUAUGCCAACGCUAAACGGUAUACCUCCUCCGCCACCGCCUCCAAUCGCGGGAUCAGUUGCAGGUCCUCCACCACCGCCGCCUAUGGCACCCCCGGCACUUCCGGGGGCGACAGGACCCUGUCCUUUACCCGCUCCACCAGUCGGAGGAUGGAAUCCGCCUAGCAGAGCCAUUAUGAGGAAAGAACCUUUGAAUCCUGAUGUGCCUAUGAAGCCACUAUACUGGACAAGAAUUAUAGUGCCAGUUACUGCGACUAGUCAAACUUCCGUUGCUUCAGAAUCGCCAACCCAGGUGCCUUUGUGGUUAGAACUCGCGGAGGAAGAAAAUAUAAACAUGAAAGAGUUCGCCAAUUUAUUUUCGCGGCAAGUGAGACAAAAGAAUCUGGUCAAGAAAAGCGAAGAGACAUCGAAUAAAAGUUCUAAGAUCCAACCAGCGAAAAUAUUAGAUUCGAAACGUUCGAAAAUGGUGGGAAUUCUUGAAAAAAGUCUGCAUAUUGAUUUUAGCGAGAUCGAGAACGCGGCUUAUAAUUUAGAUACGAGCGUAAUUAGUUUGGAGACGCUGCAACAGAUCUACGAAAUCAAACCUACGGAGAAAGAGAUAGCAGAAAUCGCUGCUCACGAAGCAGAGUAUCCGGAUAUUCCUAUUGAUCAGCCGGAAUUAUUUCUCAAACGGUUAUCCGGCAUAAAGCACUUUUCCGAGAGGAUAGCCUGCUUGAUGCUUCAGUCGGAAUUCCAAGACGCGAUCUCGUCGGUCUCGUAUAAAUUGAAUAACGUACGAACUACCUGCGAUUUUUUGAUGCAAUCUGAGUCUUUGAAAAAAGUGAUAGCCAUCAUACUGACUCUGGGAAAUUACAUGAACGGCGGAAAUAUGAUGCGCGGCCAGGCUGACGGCUUCGGUCUGGAGAUCCUUGGUAAACUGAAAGAUGUAAAAUCCAAUGUACCCGGUGUCACCUUAUUGCACUAUGUCGUCAAUGCGACAUUAUCUCUGGAAAAAGAUCAUAACUUUGACGAGCCAUUAGCACUACCCGUGCCUGAGCCGGCUGACAUCGAGGCCGCAUCUACAAUCAAGUUUGACGAUAUUGCCAAGGAACUUGACAGAUUGGAAAAGGAACUGCAGAUAUGCGCGCAAAAGUGUAACACCGUCGUGGAAGCGGAUCUAACUAUGUCCAAAGUGUUCAAGGAAAAAGUAGACUCGUUUAUGGCGAGGGCGAGUAUCGAAUUGGCAAACGAAAAAGAAGAGCUAUUGGAAGCUAAAAACAGAUUCAAGGCCGUAAUGCGAUUUUAUCAGUUCAUUCCCAAAGGCGCCACACUGGAGACCGCGGAACCUUACGAUUUCUUCAACCUGUGGCUUGGUUUCUGUCGAGAUUUUAAGGAUAUUUGGAAAAAGGAACAGCAGCGAAUACGAAAGGAGCGAAUGGAGGAAGCUCGCAAGAAGCUUGAAAAUAAAUCCGAUGUCGUGAGAGUAAAAUUAAAUCCUCACGGACUAAAGGCGCGAUUACAAAAACUGGCGACUAAAAAGCAGACUCAAAGAUAGUCUUAUCGGAAUAUGCAGAAAUUGAUAAUUUCAAAAAUGGGGAUUUUUCCGCCGACGAUUUGUAUAUAAUUAUUACUAGUCAAAUUAUGAAUUUCAUAAAUAAUCCUCUCGCGUUUAAUAUAACAGCCUCCAUUAAUUGUAUAUUAAUUUUUUACUUAUAUUGUUUUUUUUUGUUAUUUUUGAGCUGAAUCGGAAAUGAUAAAUUCGCGAAAUUUGUUUUCAGGACUACAAAUUUUACUUUCAAAGCGAAAUGAACUGCUUUGUGCAAACUAUUAGCUUAUAUACGCAGAAACUUAAAAAAAUCUAUUUUGCCUAUAAAUAUUUAUUAUAACCGUGCAUUUAAAAUCACGAUAGAUUAAAAGUCACUUUUCAGGAGCAAAUCUUUAAUUGCUCAAAAUUAAUAGGAUAAUUUUCGAUUAAAUUUAAAUUAAUUUUUAUACAAAAAUAUUAAGUACAUACAUAAAUUAGAAGAUAUAAAAUUCAUGCAACGAAAUGCGAUCUCUUACAAUCUAAAUACGAUGUGGAUUGUCAAUCGCAAAUGUCUUUAAAUAAUCAGUCGAUGAGAUUUGAUCUAUGAUACGUAAAUUAUAGCUAUUACAGACUGAAAUGUUAACCGUACACUAAAUCUAAUGUACAUUUCAGUAGAGAGAGAUAAUUUCUUGGAAUUUAUUAAUCAUUAUUAUCGAGCAUAAUUAAUAACUUGAUAGCAGCUUUACAGGCAUCACUUACGGACAUGUUUCAAUCGCUAUAUCAUUCUGAAUGAUUUAGCAAAUGCAUAUUAUCGAUGAUUGGAUUUUUUUAAUAGAAGAAAGUUAUAGAUAUAAAUUCCGUUCUUUUUAGCUGCACUUUUCCGCAUUAUUUGCAUUUAAUACAAAGUACGCAAGCUUGAAAAAAGAGUGUAAGAAGUUCUAAGAAAGAGGAACUAAAGAUAACAUGCCUAUAGACAUUAUAAACAUUUGUGAUAGUUUUAAAAGAGAGAAGUUUUGUGUCUCUUUAUAAUAUACACUCAUCCCGAAAAUUUUUGUUAUUCUAAUAGAAAAAAAUCGUAAUAUGACUAUCGAUCGUGAUAUUUGUCAUUAAAUCAUUAUCUAUUUAUUUAUUUAUUUAUUUAUUUAUUCAUUUAUGUUAAUUUAUAUUAGAUUGUCAUCAACAAAUAAUAAUGUAAAU